AUGGCCAGCUCAUCGGUGCAGGUUCAUCAUCUCAUCCAUGGAGAAGAGGAGAAGAAGAAACAGGGAAUGAAGAGGAGCAGGUCCCAGCUGACACCCGGAACUCCUGCAGCUCCUGAAGAUUCACCAGUGAAGAGGAGGAAGAUACAGACCUCCACACCUGUCCCUCUCACUCACUGGACGGUCGUCAGGAACACCUUUUGCUCUCGGCUGCUGCGGUUGGUAGGAGAGUACUUGUGCCGCCGCUGUCGACUCCUCACGGGUCUUCGUCCCACCGUCCCCCCGUUCUGGAUCCUCAACGUGGACACGACGCUGACCGUGCUCGGAUAUCAGCAGCAGCCCUUCAUCUGCUCAGGCACCGUGGCCUUUCUCUACAUGGUGUUGCGUGACACUGUGUCAGCGGAGAUGGCCAGCGUGGAGGAGCUGCGGGCGGUGCUCCUCUCCUGCCUGUAUGUAUCGUAUGCGUACAUCGGUCAUGAGAUCUCCUACCCAGCACUGCCUUUCAUCAUGAAGACGGACAGGCGGACAUUUUGGAAGCGCACACUGAACAUCACCCAGCGCAUGAGCCGGAACAUGCUGGAGAUCAACAUCUCGCCACAUGUCUUCGCCAAGGUCAUUUCUGACCUGAAGAAAGAGACGGCUCAUUAA